ACAUACAUAUAUUGUUGUAUCAAUACAUCAUCUUUUAUAUUCAUAUUAUCAUCUAUGGACUAUUUUUUUCUUUUAUCUUCCCCAUAAAUUUUCUCUCUAUAAUCUCUCUCCCUCUCUCGAAAGUGAGAAUUAGAGAGAAUCAUCAGAGUCUCCCUCUUUGUUGCUUCAGGUCCCUCAAUAGGCGAAAGCUCAGUUUUUAUUCAUGGAAUCUUAAUUAACAAAAUAUACUAUAUGCUUUUUUAUUACAUAUAUUUAUUUAUUUUCUGAUUCCUUUCUUGCCCAUCUUUUUCGUGUUUCAUUGAAAGACUAGCAGAGUAGCUAAUUGAUUAGUAUUUGUGUCGAUGGAUUCUGCUUCUAUUGAGGAAUUUGUGCAUGAUCCAUCCAAAUGCAGUAACUUGAGCAUAGAAGAAAAGAGGGAACUAGUGUAUGAACUGUCAAAUCGGACAAAUGGUGCCUCAGAGUUGCUAAGCUCAUGGAGUCGUCAGGAAAUUUUGGAGAUCCUUUCUGCAGAGAUUGGCAAGGAAAGGAAAUAUAGCAGUCUGACAAAAUUAAAAAUUAUUGAAAACCUUCUGAAAGUUGUCUCUGAAAAGAAAUCCCAUGAUAUUGCUUCUCUGAAUCACAUUGAGCCGGAGCCUUCAGCUUCAAGUGGUCAACGAAGUGCCAAAAGGCAGAGGAAGACUGACCACCCAAAUAAAAUACCAGUCACAACAAGCAAUUUGUCCAUAAUUUCUGUUAAUGAAGAUCUAGUUGAAACUGUAUUUUGCAAGAAUUCAGCUUGCCGGGCUAAAAUUAGUUGUGAAGAUGCAUUUUGCAGAAGGUGUUCAUGCUGUAUCUGUCAUCAGUAUGAUGACAACAAGGAUCCAAGCUUGUGGCUAACAUGUAACUCUGAGCAUCCCUUUCAAGAUACAUCGUGCGGAAUGUCAUGCCAUCUCGAAUGUGCUUUGAAGCAUGAAAAAUCUGGCAUUUCUAAGGAUGAGCAAGAAACAGGACUUAAUGGAAGUUUUUAUUGUUUAUCUUGCGGGAAAGUGAAUGAUUUGCUCGGAUGUUUGAGAAAACAAAUGAUAACAGCGAGAGACACUAGGCGGGUUGAUAUUCUAUGUUACCGCAUUUUACUAAGCCACAAGCUUCUUACUGGUACCAAGCAUUAUCAGAAGCUUUAUGAGAUUGUGGAUGAAGCAAUGAAAAAACUAGAAACAGAUGUAGGUCCUUUUACUGGUGUACCUGCGAAAAUGGCUAGAGGUAUUGUCAAUAGACUUUCUUCGGGUCCAGAGAUUCAAAGACUCUGCUCCUCGGUUGUCGAGUUGUUGGACUUGAUUCCUUCUGACAAAGGCUUAAGAAUGUCAUCCAAUCUGGCAGUUCAAGGUAUCAGAUUUGAAGAUGUUGGUACCUCUUCAGUCACUGUAAUUAUUAACUAUAAAGAUCCACCUCUGGGGAAGAUGUCUGGUUAUACUCUGUGGCAUCGGAAAGUUGAUGAAGGGGACUAUCAAGCAGAACCAACCUGUACAUUGUUUGAACCAAAUGCAAGGUUUUUAUUAUCAGGUCUAUCUCCUGCCACGACUUAUUUCUUCAAGGUUGUUUACUUCGAUGACAACAAGAAGUUGAGAACAUACGAAGCUCAAAUGCAAACAUGUGCUGCUGGGGUCCCAAAUCCAAAGGGGUUAGAAAUUGAAAGAAGUAUUAGCCCAACAACAAACUGCAGCAGCCUUUCUAAUCCUUCAUCAGUGGAAGAUGAAAGUAAUCAUCAAGUUAAAUCCUGCACGAAUGGGAAUGUUCCCUAUUCCAAGACUGCUGGCAAUAACGUUAAUUCAAAUGCAUCAGAUAAUGGGGGGCUGGACCACAAUACGUCUGACCAAAGAGGUCCCGAGGGAGUACCAGUGUCUUUGCUGAAUGAGGAACAAGUGCCGGGGAAAAUUAAUUCAAGGCCAAGUUUUGUGAAUCUCGAGGACAAGCACUCAUCAGAAGGGCCAAACACUGAGGUGACAAGCCCUCGAAACGGGGUAAACACCCGCAUCCAAAGUGCCAUGGAGUUUGCACCAUCAUUGCAUAGUUCAGAGAAUGGAUUACCUAAUACUCCAUGCAAAAUGGAAAAAUUUAAGGAGGGGAUAGCAAGAAGCAUCAGACCCGUACCUAGCAAGGAUCUUGCUAAUGGGUCUGGGAAGGAAGACAACCAACAGAAUGGCAACUCUAUCAUGAAAUUGAGUACAGAAAGAAAAAAUGACAAAUGUAAGGAAACUGAUGACAAAGAGUUUGGGUAUUAUGUAAAGGUGAUCAGAUGGUUGGAGUGUGACGGGCACAUUGAAAAAAGCUUCAGGCAGAAGUUCUUAACAUGGUAUAGCCUGCGAGCUACACCAGAGCAGGUGAAGGUGGUAAAGGUGUUUGUAGAUACCCUUAUCGAUGAUCCUUCAUCUCUUGCAGGGCAGCUCGUGGACUCCUUCACUGAUGUUAUUUCCAGCAAGCGUCCUUCAGCAGCUCCAGUCGGUUUAUGUCUCAGGCUUUUUCAUUAGCAGACGUAGAAGAGAUUCUUUGGUAUUUAAUUUAAUCCAUUUAAAUUUCAAAUUAUCAACAUUCAAAUUAAUAGUUCUAGCAUCUUUAUGACUGUAUGAUAAACAUAUAACCGAGCACUUAAACAUAUAUUACAAGACAUUUCUGUAUACAUGAAAUUAUUGCUGUUAUGGGGCUGGUUAUAUUUUGCCUAGA